ACACACUGUCUGAAAGCCUGUGAGGAGAUCAAUGGAUCAGAGCUCACCCUCCGAGGUCCCUGGCACGAGUAGGGAGAUGGAAGGUAGUAACUUCAUCAACAGGUCCAACUGUCCAGGUGGCAAUGCCCCCAGUGAACUGGGCCCUUCCACAUCAAUCGCCAAUCAAGAAAAUUUCCCAGAGACUUAUUUACAGGCAAUACAGGGGAUGUCCACAGAUGAUGAGGACACAGAGACGAACCUAUAUUCCUUCGGACCUAUAUUCCUGUGCUUCAAACAAAAUAAAGUGAUGAUUUCUAAUGCAAUAAAGAACCCAUUUCCUUUUCUUGAGGUACUUCGUGACAGAGGUCUCAUCACUGAAAAAAUGUACAUAGAUUUUAAAGAUUCCUGUACAAGCCUGGUCCCUGUACAACAAGUGGUCUACAAAGCCUUGGAAGUACUGGAGAAGAGACUUGACCUGCAGGUUCUAUGGGUAUUGUUCUGUGCGGAAAAUAUGCAGGCAUACCCUGAUUUGGAACACAUUUUUAACAGAUUUAAAAAUGUCUUACCACAGGACGAAUUGUAUUUUGAAGAAAAUGAUAGACGGGACCCAAACUUGCAGCUAAAUCUUGAACAAGGACCUGCUCAAGAAAGCCUGACCUGGUCACCCUCAGGUCCAACACAUCCCAUAUUGAACAGUGAGGAUUUUACACGUCCUGAGCUUCCGGUGACCUGUGGUAAUGCUCGGGGGACUCUGUAUGUGGAGAAAUUUGCGCAAGGCAUCUAUGAGAAGAGUAUACUGACUGAGAACGGAGAGUGGCUAACUCUCAGGGAGUUUGAAAUCAGAGGAAACCGUGAAAGAUCCAGGAGCUGGAGGCAAAGCAUAUAUUGUCAAGGAUGGAACCUGGGAUGUUUAAUAAAGGGAGGACUUCUACCAGACUCACCUAGGACAAGGGGACAGAGGGAAAACCGAACAAGCCCAGAGUGAACAAAGAAAAACGUAACUGCCCCAUGAUCAUCUGCCAUGAUGUCAGAGGCCAUUAACAACAAAUUAUUAGUUGUUCAUCUCUGCCAUGUUAUAGUUCUU